AUGAUCAUGGUGAAGAACCCCACAGGCCUGAACGGCGUUGUGGUGACAAGCAACCUGUUUGGCGACAUCAUCUCCGACGAGACCAGCGUCAUCCCCGGGAGCAUUGGACUACUGCCCAGCGCGAGUCUGAGCGGCAUCCCCGACGGCAAGGGCAAGUGCAACGGCAUCUACGAGCCCAUCCACGGAUCGGCCCCGGACAUUUCGGGCCAGGGCAUCGUCAACCCCAUCGGCACCAUUCUCUCGGUCGUCAUGAUGCUGCGCUACUCUCUCAAUCUCCCAGAGGAGGCCAAGGCUGUCGAGGUGAAAGAGCUCGAGCGUACCUUGAAGGCGUAG